CCAGCAAUCCCUAGCCACUGUGCCAGCCCCUGCCUCAUUUCAAUCACAUGCCCACAGCCUUGUUCUCAGCUCUGCAUUUCUGUUUCCCUUUUUCAUGCACAAUCCCAGCCUUGCCAUGCACUUGCCCGCCCCAGAGUGACUUUGUCUCCAUCCCUGGAAGUGCCAUCACAGACCCAGACACCGCAAACAGCUCCUUCCCGGAUCCCGGUAACAGCAGCCAGUCCCCCCCGGCACAACUCCAGCCCCCGCACCAGCCGCCGGCUCCCCCCGUACCGGCGCAGGCAGACGCGGAAGUCGCGUCCGUGCUCACCAGCGCUCCCCGGAUCAGCAGCCGCGGGGUUCCCAUCCCGGCGCAGCAGCGCUCCUCGGAUCGCGCACCCGCACGUCCCACACCUCUCGACUCCGCCGCCGAACUGACGCCAGGAGCGCCUCAACGCACGCUAUUUAUGCCCCAAGCCGGACCACCCAGCCAAUCACAACCCGAGGCAGCGCCGGCCCCACCAAUCCCAGCCCGCCCGUUCCCGCCGCGCUCGGCUCCGCGCGCCCCCCCCCAUUCCCAUCCCGGUCCCCUCAAGCCCUGCUCCCGCCGCCGCCAUUGCAGGGGUCGAGUCCGCCCGCUCCCCGCCGUCUGCCCGUUUUUCUGGGAGAAAUCCCGGCCAGGACCUGAACGGGAAGCUCCCGCCCGCCCUUUCCGGCCCCAACAGCGCCUGCCGAGGCUGCGGCAGCGGGGACACGGCUCCGCCGGCUCCCAAAGCGGCAAGUGGCGGCGUGUCCAGGUCCCGGCGAAAAGACCCCCGCAGAGCCCCGACCGGAGCGCCCCGGGCGGGGAGGGGCGUAGGUGGUUGCGGCUCGCAAAGGCGGACUCUGCGGCAGCAGAGCGGACCGGGGAGCGGCGGCGACAUGGUAGGGCGGGGGGGCUCGGCAGAGGGGAGUGGGGAGGGCGUGCAGAGCCCGCUGCGGGCUCCGGGCCCCUCUUCCCCCGCAGUGCUUCCGCUUCUGUGGGACUUGGCCUGCCCCCACUGGCCGAGAUCAGCACGCUGGCCAAAACAGUUAAGUGCCCGCGUCCCCCUGCCCGCCCUCCGCCUGCUGCGGGCCCGCUGCUCACCCUCCUUCUCCCCCACAGUCGUCGGUUGUUAUAGGUGAUAAAACAAUAUUGGCUUUCACAUUCAUAGAUUCGCUUUUUGCAUCUCAAGUAUUUCGAUAUGGUAGCCACAGAACACCUAAUUUAUUGCUCACUUAUCAGAAGCAGCUAACUUCUUCCUGCCUUGUUCAGCCUCAGGAUUAAGAGCAAGAAGUUGACACUGACCAGACAGAAACCUUUGUUUGGAGUUCUGCAUCGUGUAUGAGAUGUAUGAAUAUGCAACAAGCUAUUGCUUUUAAGGGUUAA